AUGGCGAUUGCUGAUCGCGAUACACACGGUUCUCUGUUCAAUAUCACCUUCAAGGCUAAUCACCAUCUUGACAGGAAAUAUGUAGUUUUUGGGAAACUCGUUCGAGGACAUGAAGUUUUGAAAAAGAUUGAAAAUGCUGGCAAUGAAGAAGGGAGACUGGAUGUAACUGUGAAGAUAAUUUAUUGUGGUGAAAUUCAUGAGGCCGAGAAUCCGAGUGCUGCUUUGUUGCAGAGUGACAAAAGGAAAGUGAAUAAACUGAAAAUGGGGACGGAUGCUUCUUCUGAGGCAAACAGCCAUGAAGCACGAAACAGGGAAAAGCACAGGAAGUCCUUAAAAGAGAGAAGGAAGAAGAGAAGAUAUUACACAUCUGAAUCAGAUACUUCCUCGGAUACUGAGACUGAAUUAUCUGAAUCUGAUACUGAUUCUGACUCGUAUAUCUCUUCAUCAACUGACAUUAGCUCUUCAAGUGAUGACAGGCGUGGCAAGAAAAAGAAAUCUUCUAAGAGGGAUAAAUAUAGACGUGGAAAAAAGAGGGAUAGACGCCGGGAAAAAAAGCGGAGGAGGUACAAUAAGAGAUCAAAACGCAGAUCAAAAAGGGCCUUGGAUGGUCUUUCUGAGAGUGGGAGUGAAAGUAGCUCUGAAGAUGAUGUUGGAAGGCUAGGUCCAAAGCAUAAAACCUCAGCUAAUAAGACAGCUGUUGGAGAUCAGUCUCUUCUAGUUCAGGAGAAGGAAGCUGCUUCCAGUCAUUAUAAAAAUCGGGAGGCGAGUGUUAUGCUCGAAAGGGAAGAGGGAGAAUUCUCCAAGGAAAAUGGAGAGCACCAGAGCAACAGGAUUGAAGUGGGAAACGGUUCGGACAAGAGUGCAGAUAGACAACCUGAUGUAGUAGAUGAUCACCCUGGGAAAUCUAGGAGCCGAAGCAUAAGUCCUAAAAGGACCAUGAGUAAGAGUAUGAGUAUUAGUCCCAAGAAGAAUUUGAGCAAGAAUCAGAGUGUGAGCUCCAAAAGGAGUGUUAGCAUGAGUCCAAGUAUUAGUGGAAGCCCCCCUCCACGAGUCUCUCAGAGAAGCAGAAGUAUCAGCCUGAGUUCAGUUAGGAGUGGAAGCAGCAGGAGCCCGGCUAGAAGUGCCAGCGGAAGUCCUGUAAGGGGCAAGAAGGGAAGAAGCAUAAGCCCAAGCCCAGGCCCAGUGAGAGGCCGAUCUCGAAGAAGCUUUGGCAGAAGUCCCACAUCAUCUCCUCAGAGGAGCCUUAGCCGGAGCCCACCAAGAACCUCAUCGAGGAAAUCUUCCCGGAAAUCAGUGAGCAGAAGUCCUGUUAGAUCAUCUCGAAGAAGCAUAAGCAGAAGCCCUAUCAGAUCAUCUCGAAGAAGCAUAAGCAGAAGCUCUGGUAGGGCCCCUUCUAGGAGAAAGGCCAGCCGAAGUCCAGUUAGAGCACCGAUGAGGAAUAAUCGUCGCAGNUCGAAGAAGCAUAAGCAGAAGCUCUGGUAG